AUGACAGUAGAAGACCUACAGUCUGCAGAGAGCAUGAUUAUACAGAAGGUGCAACACCAAGCAUUCUCAGAAGAAAUCAAUGAUCUAACGCACAUCAACUCAGAUCACAGCUUCAGAAAGAAAAGCAACAUUAGAAAAUUGGAUCCUUUUAUUGGAACUGACGGAUUGUUGCGAGUAGGAGGGAGAUUGCGAUUUGCGGAAAUACCUGAUGAAUCAAAACAUCCUAUACUACUUCCGAAGGACUCAAUAAUAUCAGAGUUAAUACUACGACAAAUACACGAACAAGGGCAACACUUUGGCCGUUCGUACAUACUGUCUCAGCUUCGAGAAAAGUACUGGAUAGUUAAUGCCAACUCGGCAGCAAGAAAAUUAAUAUCGAAAUGUAUUGUGUGCAAGCGGCAACGUGGACAGCCACGAGAACAAAUGAUGGCAGAUCUACCGAUGGAAAGACUAGCUAUUGGUGAACCGCCAUUCACACGAGUGGGCGUAGAUUGUUUCGGCCCAAUAGAGGUGAAAUUAAAGAGGAGUCGAAUCAAACGCUAUGGUGUGAUUUUUACAUGUUUAACAAUAAGAGCAGUUCACAUAGAAAUUGCAGACUCAAUGGACACGGACUCAUUCAUAAAUGCACUGCGACGAUUUGCAGCAAGACGUGGACAAGUUAAAGAAAUGAGAUUGGACAAUGGCAGCAACUUUGUUCGAGCUAACAAAGAGCUACAAGAAGAAAUUAGCAAGUGGAACCAUGCACAGAUAAGCGAGGGGCUACUACGUAAGGGCAUCAACUGGAAGUUUAACCCACCUUAUGGUUCACACUUCGGAGGAGUCUGGGAAAGACAGAUACGCACGAUCAAGCAGCUUCUGAGCGUAUUAGUUGGUCAACAAAUACUGACUGAUGAAAGCUUGAGAACCUUCAUGUGUGAGGUGGAGAUGACAGUUAACAGUCGACCCAUAACUACAACUUCAGGCGACGUGAGAGAUUUCAAAGCAUUGACACCAAACAUGAUGCUGAACAUGGCAAGUACCGAGCUACCAGCUUGUGUGAUAGACAAGAAUGACACACACCCUAAACGCCGAUGGAAACAGGUGCAGUACAUGUCUGACAUUUUCUGGAGGAGGUGGAUCAAAGAAUAUCUACCAUCGCUUCAACUGCGACAAAAGUGGCUUAAUGUGAAACCAAACUUGAAAAUCAACGACAUUGUGUUGGUUAAAGAUGAAAAUACGCCACGCAAUUUGUGGCCACUUGGAAAGGUUGUACAAGUAAUACCUGACGCCAGAGGAUUGGUAAGAAAGGUGUUAGUGAAAACUCGAAGCAAGAUCGUAUCAAGACCAUAUGACAAAAUAUGCACAUUACUGGAAGCUGAAGAACAACGUUCUCAGUAG